UCUGUGCCGUGGGGGUGGCUGCGGAGGGAGGAGUGGGGCUACAGGCCGCACCCCCCAGGCCCCGUACGCUUCAGCCUCUCCCCUCCGGCUCCCCUUCCCCUUCCGGCUCAGCCCGCUGCCCCAGACGUGACCCCCGCGCAAGGUGUUGGCGCUCCACGUAGCCCGGGCGCGCGUGAUUAAUGGCCCCCAGUCGGGGGCGGCGUAGGCACGCGCCCCUUCCUUGCCCGGCCCGGGUGUGAGGGUAUCUGGAAAGACAGCCGGGUCAUGACAGCCGGAGACCCCGGGACCGUGGCGGCGGCUGAGGAGCGGGAGAAAGAGGAGAAAUAGGUGACGCGGGCCGGAGGAGCUCGUCCCCUCCGGCCCUGGGACUGGCGCCGCGGUGGGGCCCCGGCGCCUGCAAAGUUUGGAGCCGCAGGCGCCGCGAUGAGAGGCGCGCUCGGUCCCUCCCCGCGCAGUUCCCUCGGCGGGGUCUGUGCCGCCGCUGCUGCCAGGGCAGGACAAAGGCUCAUUAACACGUGAUGGGACCGCGCUUCAUAAAUGGGACUGGAGCGAGAGGGAGCCAGAGACUGAGCACGAGCGGAGAGAGAGGCAGGGACCGCGCAAGCGGGGUGAGGCGACGGGCGCCCGGGCUGGCGGAGACCGGCGGCCCCACUCCUGGCUCGGCCGGGCGAGCGGGAGGACCAGUGAAGAGCCUGGGGAAGGGGAGUCCACGCGGACGGCCGGAGCGGAGGGGCGCCAGUCCCUCGUCGCUGUCGUGGGCAGGCACGAGAGGCAGGGGACGCCGCCGCGCGAGCAGCGCGGACUGACUGACUUACUGACUGACUGACCGACGGAGGCACACCCCGCUCCACCCCACCCAGCCUCGCUCGCGUCCGAGCGCCGGCGCCGCCUCCUCCCGCUACUCUCUUUGCCACCUCUUCCUUCUCCACUCUUUUCCGCCUCCGCCUCUUCUUGGCUCCCGCGGCGCCAGUGCUUUCCUCGGGUCCAGGAGGGGCUACUCGGCUCCCUGCGGAGCUCUCAAUAUAGGGUCAGGGGGUUUAUUUCGUUCUGACGGAGAACCAGCCCCUGCCCUGGGCGAAGGGUGCCAAGGGAGCGUCUCCCCGGAAGACUGGGGGAUGCGAAGGGAUUCCCUCCUGCCGGUCUUUUCCCAGUCACUCUGAUUUUGGCCUAAUUGAAGCCUGAGGUUAUGAAGUCGAUCCUAGAUGGCCUCGCAGACACCACCUUCCGCACCAUCACGACAGACCUCCUCUAUGUGGGCUCGAAUGACAUUCAGUACGAAGACGUCAAAGGCGAUAUGGCAUCCAAACUAGGGUACUUUCCACAGAAAUUCCCUUUAACGUCCUUUAGAGGAAGUCCCUUCCAAGAAAAGAUGACUGCGGGAGACACCCCCCAGUUAGUCCCAGGAGACCAGGUGAACAUCACAGAAUUUUACAACAAGUCUCUUUCAUCCUACAAGGAGAAUGAGGAGAACAUUCAGUGUGGGGAGAACUUCAUGGACAUGGAGUGCUUCAUGAUCCUGAACCCCAGCCAGCAGUUGGCCAUCGCCGUGCUGUCCCUCACGCUGGGCACCUUCACGGUUCUGGAGAACCUGCUGGUGCUCUGCGUCAUCCUCCACUCCCGCAGCCUCCGCUGCAGGCCUUCUUACCACUUCAUUGGCAGCCUGGCAGUGGCAGACCUCCUGGGGAGCGUCAUUUUUGUCUACAGCUUCGUGGACUUCCACGUGUUCCACCGCAAAGACAGCCCCAACGUGUUUCUGUUCAAACUGGGCGGAGUCACGGCCUCCUUCACCGCCUCCGUGGGCAGCCUGUUCCUCACAGCCAUCGACAGGUACAUAUCCAUUCACAGACCCCUGGCCUACAAGAGGAUUGUCACCAGGCCAAAGGCUGUGGUGGCAUUCUGCUUGAUGUGGACCAUAGCCAUUGUGAUCGCUGUGCUGCCUCUCCUGGGCUGGAACUGCAAGAAACUGCAAUCCGUUUGCUCAGACAUUUUCCCACUCAUCGAUGAGACCUACCUGAUGUUCUGGAUCGGGGUCACCACCGUGCUGCUGCUGUUUAUCGUGUAUGCCUACAUGUACAUCCUUUGGAAGGCUCACAGCCAUGCUGUCCGCAUGAUCCAGCGUGGCACCCAGAAAAGCAUCAUCAUCCACACAUCAGAGGAUGGCAAAGUACAGGUAACCCGGCCGGACCAAGCCCGCAUGGACAUUAGGCUGGCCAAGACCCUGGUCCUGAUCCUGGUGGUCUUAAUAAUCUGCUGGGGCCCCCUGCUCGCCAUCAUGGUGUAUGAUGUCUUUGGGAAGAUGAACAAGCUCAUUAAAACGGUGUUUGCAUUCUGCAGCAUGCUCUGCCUGCUGAAUUCCACCGUGAACCCCAUCAUCUAUGCUCUGAGGAGCAAGGACCUGCGACACGCUUUCCGCAGCAUGUUCCCCUCAUGUGAAGGCACCGCACAGCCCCUUGAUAACAGCAUGGGGGACUCGGACUGUCUGCACAAACACGCCAACAACGCUGCCAGUGUCCACAGGGCCGCAGAAAGCUGCAUCAAGAGCACAGUCAAGAUCGCCAAGGUGACCAUGUCUGUAUCCACAGACACAUCUGCCGAGGCUCUGUGAGCCAGACGCCACACUGGCAGCACGAAAAGAAAUUCAUUUUUUUUUUAAAGCUCAAAAUCUACAGGAGUCUGUGUCUCAUCGGUUAUAUAUUUUUAAGUUUACCAUGCUCAGUGAUAAAGUGACUGUUAAUCAUGAUCAUUUCUCAGUUCUCUGAUGUCUCAUCGGUUUAGGUUCUCAAACUCAGUCCCCCAAGGGUUUACAGUGAAGAAAGCCUGCUGCAAAAGACUGAAAGUUCCUUCAAAGUCUCAGUGAAAUAGGAUGAAAACCUUUGGCUACACAAUUUGAAGUCCUAGUAUCCAUAGAAAAUGCCAUCAAACGAGUAAUGCCUUUGUAACCAUAACUUUCAUUAUAAUGUGAAAUGUAUUUGUCCAUAAGUAUCAGAGAUGUCCAUUUUUACAAGUUAUAGUACUAAAGUAGAGAUUUGUUGUAAAAUGUAUUGUGUCCUGUGCAAUGCGUAUCAGUGUUUACUGUGUGUUAUUUAUAUUUGUCUAGUUCAACAAAACCAAAAGGUAGAUUUUUAUGAGAACAAUGGAACAAAAGCAGGAAUAUAUACCAAUGAUACCACUUUUUUGGAAUACUGCCCAUGUUAUAAUUCAGAAACUUUAAUCUUAGUUCACGUAUCUUGAUUUAAAUUUGACAUUGAAUUACCCAUUGAGAUUUAUUUUUCUGUUAACACUACAGGAAGAAUUUGAAAACUAUUCAAAGUAUUGAGCAGAAUUCAUUGGCACUUAAAAAUGUAUUACCCUUGCAUUUUCAUCUGAGGACAUUUAUUAUCUUCUGGACUGUAGCGGUUCUGUUGGGUAAUGGAUUACAAUCAGAAAGGAAGAGAGAAAGCAUUGACUUUUCUGGCUGACAUCUCUGACUUUUUUAGUCUUUAGCUAUUAUAGACCUCUUAAGACAGCAUGUGUCAAUCUUCAUGUAUGUUGGUAUCACUGUGAGUUGCUGUUUACUUGAAGACUAUUGUGUUCUUAUAUUCCAGGUUUAAGUAGAUUUCAUGCCUGGGUGGCCAAACAAGAGGCUUGUCCUUUGUUUCUUAAUUGAAAAGUAUUGUCUGGGUCAGUAAAAUUAACUGUGUGUGAAUGUGAAUAUAAACGUGUGUGUGUGUUUCUAUCCUGUAACUGCUAUAAAGUGAGAAAACUGUGAUCAAGUGUAAACUGUACCACUGUGCUGCACUCUUGCACAUGAAUUCAGUUUCUAAAAUUGAGUUCUUCCAGAAAUCUUGGUGAUUAAAAAAAUACUAACCAUAAACAUUCAGAAGUCCCCCUCCUCCUCUUUAAGAGAUUGGGUCAAGUGUUAGUAAACUGACUUUUAGGGAUUUCAUAAGACCAAUGUUUAGCAAGGAAUAAUCAAUGACAGGCAUUCAAGGGAAAGUUUGUAUUUACAGUGUUAAUUGUUGGGAAAUGAGAGUUUUGGUUUCUGAGCACAUAAUAUUGAAAAGUCAUGGAGAUUCAAGUCUUUAAAAGGGAGGUGUUUCUAAAAAAUCCCAAACUGGAACAUUUCUCAGUUACGCGUGUUAGUAACGUGACCCCAGUUUAAAUAGCCCUAUAGAUAUUGGGCAUGUUGAAGUAAGGCUACUAGCCCCAACCCACGUGGCUGAGGAAGCCAAGUUAGGCAGCGAGGAGCUAACACACUUGUGAUUCGGGCCUGGAUGAUGUUUGCCUGCCAAGGAUGCCCUUGGUGACAGCCUGGCUCCCCGGCUUUGCCUGGGUAAACUUCGGCUGAGGCCAGUGCUUCCCUGCUCAUGCUUAUCAAGAGCUGCUGAAGCGUAACGAUGAGCCCAGCUUUCUUUCUUCUUAUACCCCAGUCUCAUGUUCCUUAGUGGUGCCCUGGGUUUUCAGAACUGGGCCCUUUUGCUGUAAGGAAUGAUAUUGCUUAAGAAACCGCUUGACCCUGACACAUUUUACUUACCAUCUCUUGUCUGUAUCCAGAUAAAUCGUGACUCCUGCAGUGACUUGAGGCCUGCAUGGCAUAAAGCCAAGUGUAGCAUAAAGCAAAGUGGGGGAGCUCGUGUUUCUCUGGUGAUUUCUAGCUGUCGAGAUGGCCUCACAGCUUGAUGAGGGCCGGUCCCUUCUUGGAGCUUAUGGGCUAAGGCUGAAUGUGGUCUGUGAACCAAGCUGUAAUACUUUUAAUGGUCUGUCCAUACGCUUGAAUCUACCUGAAAGUUUCCCUUGCUUUACCUCUCUGUGAGAUGCAGAUGAGGGCUCAGGGUGCUAGAGGAUUAAUUAAUAAGUUUUCUCUUGAAGGACAAAAUUCUUUGUGAAAAAAAGCUCACCAGGGUCUAGUUUCCAUUUAAGAAUUGCUAGUCUUUUAUCCUGAGGCAUCCUGAGUAUAUGUCCACUGGACUUGGAGCUCACCAGGGUGUUACCAACUUGUCUAAGCUAUGAAGACCUGGUGAAGUUGAGAUUCUUGUAGAGAUAGAAAAAUCCCGAGAUCCAUUUUUGAAACUGUAUUUGUGUGUAUGCAAUGUAAAUUUUAUAGUGUCUCAUGCUUUUACGAUCCAAAUCAUAUAUAAUAAAUUAAGGGACAAUGGGGCUGAUAGCACUAAACUUGGUGCUUACUGAUAUUCUAAGAAAUAUCUGAACUAUCAUCAUGUAUAUGUUAUACCACCUUCAUUUAAAAAUGUUUAAAAUUAGUUCAGUUCACUUUGACGUUUUAAAUAUUUUAACCCAAGUGACUAAAAUGUUCACCCUAAUGAAUAUAUUCAUUGGGAUUACCAUUCAUUAGUAUAGUCCAUUAAUUAAUCCCUUAAUUAGAUCCAUUAAUUUAAGUAUAAUUUAAGUUUUGGUAAGUUUUAUAAGGUCCAAUUCUGUAGUUACCUGCUUUCCCUGAGGAUUAUAUAUUUGUCCUGACCAUGCAUUUCAAUAUCACACAUGUCUUCAGAAAGGGCCAAAUUCCAACCUGCUCAGUUUCUUCAGAGGAAUGACAAAUCUUCAGUGCUAGUCUAACAGGUUCACUUAGACGAGUAAGGCUGUCUCCAAGAUCACUAAUUUUUCAUUACAUAAAAGAACCAUGGGCCUGUAGAAGCUGCCAUUAUAUGCCUAGUCUUGAGAAGCAUCCCAAACCUCCCCGUCCCUUGGCUUUGAGUCAGGUAGAACUGGCAUUCAGUGUCAAGUGAUUUUUGGCCUCCUGAACCCACUCUGGAGGAGAUAGGUCCAGCCACCAGGUGCAAACUAGGCCCUGGAUGAGUAGCAUCUACUUACUGUCCUGUGGGUUAAUUUCUGCCAUGUGUCUGUAAAAGAGCCUACCAAUAUCAUGCGCAGAAUUAGAUUUCUCACAAUCUAACUGUACAUUUGUAUGAUAGUUUAAAAUCUCCUAAAUGCUGGGCAAUGGCUAUCAACAGUUGUCUUGCACUGGCCUUCUGAUGAAAUGUUGACAAUGCCUAUUGUAAUAUAGACAAAACAUUUUAUCUACUGAUUUGGGCCGAAUGUAUGUAAAUAGGUUUUUAAAAAGUCAGAUGUUUAAGUGGUGGCUUAUGAAUCAGUAAUUUUCAGGUAAGAAAGUUUCUUUAUAUUGCUGUGGCAUUCUAGAAGCUGUCUUCACGUAAACUUAGUGUACCGGGCCUGUUGGGGAUCAGAGUCCCCGAGAAAGGAAGCCUUUUCUUGUAAUAAUAAGAAUCAAGAAACCAGAUUAUCUGAAUUGUUAUUUCCAAUGUUUCAAGUGGAAAACAUAACUCUUGUCUGUAAAUCUAACAUUAUUACUUUUCCUCUUAGAAGAAUAUUGUAUUGUUAGGUGUUUGUUGAACUGGUAACAUUCUUGCAACUGCUGCAAUAUCUUUGUUAGUAAUCUGUAUAAUACUUUGUAUACAAGUACUGGUAAGAUUGUUAUUAAAUGUAGCUUCAGUCAUUAAAUUACUAUAGCAAAGUAGUAUUUCUGUAAUAUUUACAAUGUAUUAAACCCACAGUGUAUUUUAUUUCAAUGACGUAAUUAAGCUGUUAUUUAUUCACAGUGAAAACAUCCCAUCAUGUCAAUUGUCCAAAGUUACCUGGAAUCAAAUAAAAAUUCUAGAUUAUCAUGAAGAACAAAAAA